CAGAACAGAUGGUACAACAGGAAGCUGCAGCAUUCAGGAGGAGCAUGAGACAGAGAAGAAGGUUUGUGAUUAAACAGGUUCUGCUUGGGCUCUCUGGGUUCAGCUGUGUUUCCUGGUGGCAUCUUGAGCUGCAGCUGAUCCUUUUAUCUCCUCAGUCGACCUCCCGUCUCUCAGCUUCUUACAGGAAAAGAGGAUUAUUCCCUCAGAGGCUCCUACAGGAGGAUCAGAGGUCUGCAGCAGGAACAGGAGAUGGCUCGGUUCGGACGGGUGCAGGAGGUGUUAAUGCUGCUGCUGAAUGUCUGGCCGGUGCUGGUGCUGGCUGGGGUCCGGCAUCCUCUGCCCGUGCUGUGGAUGAUGCCAGUCAAUUCCGGGACGGGGAUGGAGAACCUGACAGUCGGAGUGGUUCCAGCCAUCAGAAUGGCUCUGCAGGACCUAGAGAGACAAGCAGCACCGCUGGGGAACUACGAGGUCCGCCUGCAGCUGCUGGACUCACAGUGUGACCCUGCUAAAGCCCUCAAAGCACUGUUUGACACCUUGUGGGUGGGGCCCAGGUAUCUUCUGAUGUUAGGAGGGGUGUGUCCACCUGUGACGGCGCUCAUCGCUCGUUCUCUGCCAGCUCUCAGCCUGCUGCAGGUGUCCUUUGUGGCUCCACCCCCCGACCUGUCCAACAGGAAGUGGCACAGGCACCUGUUCAGCACGGUGCCAUCAGUCAGAGCUGCGAACAUGGCUGUGGUGAAGCUGCUGCAGCGCUACAGGUGGAGGAGGAUCGGGGUGUUCACACAGGACAGACCUGGACUGACUGAGAUGAGGAAAGAUCUGACCCGACAGCUUAUGAAGACCGACAUUCAGCUCACUGCUUCAGAAAGCUUCUCUGAAGAUCCCUGCAGCAGCUUGAAGAAGCUGAAGGAUGAAGAUGUUCGGAUCAUCAUCGGACAGUUUGAAGAUGGUUCUGUGACGGAGGUGUUCUGCUGUGCAUACAGACUGAACCUGUUUGGACCUCGGUACCAGUGGAUUUUAGCAGCUGAAGGACCAUCUGGAUGGAGGUUGGGAUGGCAGCCUUCAGGAUGUUCUGUUACCAGUCUGCUGAUGGCUGCAGAAGGUUCCUUCAGGGUGCAGAUCAAACAGUUCAGCAGCACAAACACACCUGGAGUCUCUGGACGGACCUCUCAGAACUACCUGGAGUCUUACCUGAAACAGGUGAUCCAGGAGGGGUCAGAGGUCAGCCCACUCCACGCUUUCGUCUAUGAUGCAGUUUGGGUCGCUGCCAGAGCUCUGGUUCAGGUGACAGAGGCGGUAAAACUCAGAGGAAAAUAUGGAUCUCUGAGGAACGUCACAGUUAGUGAGGAGGAGGAGGUGAAGAUGCUGCUGGAGGCUGUGAAGAACACACAGUUUGAAGGAGUCACGGGUCCAGUUUCCUUUCGUAACGGAGAGAGAACGGCGGUGGUUGAGCUGAUCCAGUUCCAGGGGGACAGCGGCGUGUUGGUGGGAGAGUUUAACACGAGUAACCAGCAGGUCCGACUCAUGACCCAGCUGCUGAAGUUUAAAGGUCCUGGACCGGCCAAAGAUCAGACUCUGGUCCAUCUGCAGCACCGUCAGGUCAGCCUCAUUCUGUACACCCUCAUAUCAUCAGUAGCUACUGGAACCAUCUUCAUUACCCUGAUCAUCCUCUGCAUCGUAAUCAUCUGCCACAGACGCUGGCCGCUGAGGUCCGGAAGUUCAUCCCAGGAUGAGUUGCUCCUGCUGGGCCUCUUGCUGUCUUCCUCAUCAGUCCUCUUCUCUGGCCUGAACAGAACCUCGCUGCCUGACCGGACGUUGGAGGUCCUCUGCUCUGUUCGUUUGUGGACUCUGUCAGUGGGUCACACUGCGGGCUUCGCUGCUCUGUUCACCAGAACCUGGAGGGUUUAUUGUCUCUGCAGCAUCAAGAAGAAGCAUCGGACCCGUCUGCAGGAAACAGGAUGCGUUCCGCUCUGGAUUCUCCUGCUGGAUGUGUUUGUUCUGACCUUCUGGCAAAUCCUGGACCCUCUCAGAUGGGUGGUUCUUCAGCACAGCUUAGAGGAAUACCUGGAUGAUCAGGACAUCCUCAUCCGAUCGUAUUCUGAACAGUGCAGAAGCACCAACAUGGACCUGUGGCUCACAGCCGUCUACGGAUACAAAGCUCCUCUGCUGGGUCUGGGCUGUUUCCUGGCCUGGAACAUCAGGACUGCAGACCUUGGUCCUCCUGCACUCAGCUGUGCACUCCUCGCUCUCAGCAUGUUUUCCAUGACAGUGUUCAGCAUGUCUGGAGUGUCGGGGUCGCUGUUGACGUCCAGCGAUCCGUCUGUUCAGUUCUGUCUGUGCAGCGUCCUCAUCCUCAGCUGUAACCUCUUGAUCCUGAUUGGCCUGUUCGGACCUCAGAUUUGUUGCAUGUUGUGCAGCAGCACUAAGUUUCAGCAGGCGUCUGAGAUGCAGGAUGAAGCUGCAGAGGAAGAAGGCGUGGAACGGCUAAGGAGGCUAAAUCAGGACCUCAGGAGUCAAAGCGCUCAGCUGGAUGUUCAGGUUGAAACCAUUACCAUGGAGCUUUCUGAGAUGCUCCAGGAUGAAACAGGUGAUAGACAUGGAGCUGGAGUCACCUCUCUGACGUUGACUCAUGAAGCUUUGGUCUGUGAGGAGAAAUCUUCAGGUCUGGAGAACAUCAACUCCCCUGACCAUGUUCAGCGCCGUCUCUCCAUGCAGCUGCCCAUCCUCCACCACUCCUACCUGCCCGUCAUCGGAGGCGUCAGCUCCAGCAGCUCCAGCCUGUUCGUCAGCCAGGAAGCCUUUGCUUACCGUCACCAUGACCACUUCCUGCACACCUGAGGACAGGAAGCUGCAGCCACGUUUCUGCAGAAGGAGGCGGGACAUUACAAGGAGGAAAAUAUCACCAUCAGAUUAUGAAAGUAUUUGGACAAAUGAUCCUUCUUUAACUUCUUAUGAAGCCUUUAAGUUUCCAUAAUUCGAGCAGGAUAAAUCUGAUUGGCUGGAUCCAGCUUGAGGUUCGGUCCAUUCAUUUAUGGACAUUUUGCAACAUGGAGGAUUUCUGUGGCUGUUGGACCUCCUGCCUGCAAGCAAACAGUGUCUUCUUUCCACUUCGCACAUCCCUAUGAUCACUUCCUGUGUUAGAAACCAGACCGCCACUGUAGGCAUUUCAAUCGGUUUUCCAUGUUUUGUGCUGGUUCUGUUUCAAUUAAACCUCAGUCAGGUCUGAGAAUGUUUUCCAGAACCAAACCAUUUAUUCUGUGCCAGUUCCUCCUUCCUGAUCUUCUGCAAAGAAAACGUCUGGUAGUGAAGCUGCACUAGUUAACUGAAAGCUACAUUUUUAUAAUUCACAUGUUGCUUCUCCUCCGUUAAUAACAGCCCAAAGAUUUUAGGUUUUGGACCAUCGAUCCUUGGUUUCCUUCCUGAUGAUGCUGCUUCCAGCCGGCAGUUCUUCCUGAUCCUCUGGUGUCUGCAGAUGCAUCUCUGGCCACACAUGUCCUUAACACAUGACCUGGAGUUAACCUCGUGGAGUUACCUCCAGGUCCAGGACUCAGAAAACUGUUCCAAGCCUUCAGGACUUCAUUUUUUAAAAGCCCAGUCGAUGCAGUGAUUAUUAUUUGCAGAAGGACCAGUUUGCUGGUAAAUGGAGGGAAAAUGAGACCAAUGUUAUGGAGGAACGAUCCUGACAGAAUAAAAAAAAUACAUCAAGAAAUGUAAA